AUGACCGUUAAAAAAUUUGCGAUCUUCUUCCUUGUGUGUCUCAUUUUCGCAACAUUACGCAUACAAUAUUCGUCUGCAGCAAAACCACUGCUAUUAGAUCGUAAAUUACGCAAACUUAAUGAACAAGUUCAAAAGCACGACGGUGUUGUAGAACUUGAUUCUGACCUGUUUGAUGAGUUUCUCGCUAAACCACGAAACUACUCGUUCGUCGUUUUGUUGACUGCACUUGAUUCUUCUAUAAAUUGUCAUCCAUGCAAAGAAUUCGAUCCAGAAUUUCGACUGGUAGCUAGAAGUUGGGAAAAAAUCGGUACUCCUUCUCGACUGUUUUUCGGAAUUUUGGAUUAUCAGAAUGGCAGAGAAAUUUUUAAUAAGCUUAAGCAAAACACCGCGCCCUCCCUAUGGUAUUAUCCAGCGAUAGAAGGACCUUUUGCCAAAGAUGUUUCAGAACCUGAUAAAUAUGAUUUUUCUAACAGAGGAUUUGGAGCCGAAGAAUUUGCAUCAUACUUAACAAAUCAUCUAGGAGUUCAAGUACCACUAAAACGACCACCAAACUACUUCUUGAUCGUACUUAGUGUAUUCUUUUUAAUUGGUGCUUUGGCUGCGAUAAAGCUGCUUUUCCCAUUAGUGAGAGGUGUAUUCGAGAGUAAGAAUACUUGGGCUGCGAUUUCUUUGGUUAUCAUUCUUAUGAUGAUUUCAGGACACAUGUGGAAUCAUAUCCGAACACCACCUUACGUGACUACAAAUGGCGGCAAUAUUAAUUAUAUCGCUGGCGGAUUUCAGAAUCAGUAUGGUCUAGAGAGCCAGAUUGUUGCCAUCCUGUAUGGAUUAUGCGCAUUUGCUGUCGUUUCAUUGACAGUUACAAUUCCAAAACUGGAGGAUAAGAUGAAACAGCGCUUUGGAUGGGAAUCCUAG